AUGGGGGCCUUCUCUCAUCUCACAGGGACGUUGUCCCUCGUGCUCUUUUGCUUGUACCUCGUUGUGGCCGCCGAACCUGGUUACGCAGUGGUUGAGCGUUUGAGCCAUGUGCCUGAUGGCUGGAUAAAGAGCAGUGCGCCUCCACCACACCAGCAAAUGAGGUUUCAUUUGGCUCUUCACCAGGAGAAAGCAAGCGAAUUCGAGCAAAGGGUAAUGGACCUAUCUACCCCUGGUCAUCCCAGCUAUGGACAACACAUGAAGCGCGACGAGAUCAAGGACUUUGUGCGCCCAUCAGCUGGGGCAUUGGACCCGGUUCUCUUCUGGCUUGCAUCGGAGGAUGUUCCGCCAGAAACUCUCGACAUUCAUGGGAACUGGAUUACGUUCACGGUUCCGCUUUACCAGGCCGAGGCUCUACUGAAAACACGUUUCUACAACUUCUACAAUAGAGCGACUGGGGCGAUGGUGAUUAGAACCCUAGAAUACUCAGUGCCUGAGGAGAUCUAUCCGUUCGUUCAACUAGUUCAGCCUACGACUCGAUUUGGAAGACUAGUAUCGCAGACAGAAAUGCCACAGUUCCAACCGACUGCGGCGACUUUCGAAGAGCUCUCGGCCAACUGUUCAACGAGCAUCACCCCGGAUUGUCUCCGGGAACUGUACGGCCUUUAUGACACCGAGGCGGAGCCUGACCCUCGCAACAUACUCGGGGUUUCGGGGUUUCUAGAUCAGUACGCGCGGUAUGGCGACUUCCACGACUUCAUGGGGCUAUAUGCGCCCAAUCGGACCGAUACCAAUUUCACGGUGGUUUCCAUAAACGGCGGGUUGAACUUGCAGAACUCUACUCGGUCGAGCUCUGAGGCGAGCUUGGAUAUACAAUAUGCCGCGGCCUUGGCAUAUAAUUCGCUGACGACGUAUUACACCACUGGCGGACGCGGUCCUGCCGUACCUAAUGUCGGCGAAUCGAAGGACAGCGAGUCGACUAACGAACCGUACUUGGAACAACUCCAUUAUCUUCUCAAUCUCCCGGACGAGGAGCUUCCCGCGGUUCUGACCACUUCUUACGGCGAGGACGAGCAGACCGUACCGGAAUCGUACUCGAACGCGACCUGCAACCUGUUCGCCCAGCUUGGCGCACGUGGUGUCUCCGUGAUAUUCAGCAGCGGUGACUCGGGGGUUGGGGAGUCUUGCAUCACCAACGACGGGACCAACACGACUCGCUUUCAGCCAACAUUCCCGGCCUCGUGUCCCUUCGUGACUUCCGUAGGCGGCACCUACGGCAUCGAUCCCGAAAAAGCCAUCGGGUUUUCGGGAGGUGGUUUCUCUGAACGAUUCGCGCGCCCCAGAUAUCAAGACGAAAGCAUCGGUCGUUACCUCGAAGAACUUGGGGAUCGAUGGGAUGGGUUAUAUAACCGCGUUGGGAGAGCCAUUCCCGACGUUGCCGCUCAAGCCGCCAACUUCCUCGUGGUGGAUAAAGGAAAUAUCAUCAAGAUCGGUGGUACUAGUGCCUCGGCGCCCGCCUUUGCCGCUAUCAUCUCUCGGUUGAAUGCGGUACGGCUGGAAGAUGAAAAGCCACGACUGGGGUUCUUGAACCCAUGGCUCUAUUCUCUGAACCAAACUGGUUUCACCGACAUCGUUAACGGGGGUUCGGUUGGUUGUCGCAGUGGGCCUGGCUCAGAGGUUCCUUAUGCCAGCUGGAAUGCAACGAAGGGUUGGGAUCCGGUGACUGGCUUGGGGACUCCCUUUUACAACACUCUGGCGAAAGUCGUAAAAUCUAUAUGAGCCGUGGUCAUGAGGAGGGGGCGGACAUUGUUUCCUGGGAAUGAUAGCCGGCUAUAUAUGUUUGGAGGCACUCACAUAGCUUGUUUGUU